UUUAAAAGGAACUGAAUGAUAACUUGCUAGUAAUUGAACGAACAUGCAUUAUUUCAUGUCUUUUUAAUAAAAAUAAUAUGCCUACCAAAAUAUAUAUAGAGAGAAUGGAAUUUUACACUUUUAUGCAUUGACAAAAUAUAAAGCUAUAGUUUCAAAUCAGUAUCACGUAACCAGGUGUAAAAGGUUGUUAAACAGAAGCUGCCAGCAUUGAUGGAUUAUUAUUUUCAUACAGAAUCAUGCUAUGAUGUGCGCUGUCCUGGAAGCUCAACGUGUGUACUGGACCAGACCAACAACGCCUACUGUGUGACCUGCAACCGGCUUUGCCCUGAGGUGACCUCACCGGAUCAGCACCUGUGCGGGAACGACGGGAUUGUGUACGCCAGCGCCUGCCAUAUCCGAAGGGCAACGUGCAUCAUGGGACGGUCCAUUGGAGUCGGUUACGAGGGGAAAUGCAUAGACGCCAGGUCCUGUGAAGACAUCAAAUGCCGGGAGGGACGAAAGUGUCUGUGGGACAAGCGGACGGGACAGGGACGCUGUGUGGUAUGCGAGGACACUUGUCCCGAGAGUCGUCCAGGCGACAGCGUCUGCGCCAGCGACAAUGCCACUUACCCGAGCGAGUGUGCCAUGAGGCAGGCCGCCUGCUCUUUGGGUCUUGUCCUGGAAGUCAAACACUCGGGCUCCUGCAACUCUCUCUCUGAAGAGACGGAUGAAGAGGAGGAUGAUGAAGAUUACAUGGAUUAUAGCCAUGUAUCUCUGUUACUGACUGGAUAAACCACCGUCAACAGCAGGACUCCAUUUGAGCACAGAGUCGUGUUCAUGUUGUACAGACGUGUACUCUUAUUUAUUUUCCACAGACGCGUGGAAGAUGCUUAUUGUUGUAGAUGUUUAUUUAUACAUUUUUUGCCUUUUUUUAUUUAUACAUUUAUAGUCCGAAUAAAUGAUCUCUCUCGUCUUUUCCUUUGUCGUCUUUGAAAGAAUAUUAUUUAUUAUA